CUCGUCCAACUCCGCCGGCGGCGGCGGCUCCCAAGCGCUGGCCAACAGCAGGGGCUCCUCUGCGGCGGCGGGCGGCGGGUCCCCGGCGGGCGGGGGCGGCCUGUCGGGGGGCCUGUCGCAGCCGGCGGGCUGGCAGUCGCUGCUCUCCUUCACGAUCCUCUUCCUGGCCUGGCUGGCCGGCUUCAGCUCCAGGCUCUUCGCCGUCAUCCGCUUCGAGAGCAUCAUCCACGAGUUCGACCCCUGGUUUAACUACAGAUCAACACAUCAUCUUGCAUCACAUGGAUUUUAUGAAUUCUUAAACUGGUUUGAUGAAAGAGCAUGGUAUCCACUAGGAAGAAUAGUAGGUGGGACUGUAUACCCAGGGCUGAUGGUGACAGCAGGCCUUAUACAUUGGAUUUUAAAUAUGCUUAACAUAACUGUCCACAUAAGAGAUGUAUGUGUGUUUCUAGCACCAGUUUUUAGCGGCCUUACAUCAAUUUCUACUUUCCUGCUUACCAGAGAACUGUGGAACCAAGGAGCAGGGCUUUUAGCUGCCUGUUUUAUUGCUAUAGUACCUGGUUACAUAUCACGAUCAGUGGCGGGAUCUUUUGACAAUGAAGGGAUAGCUAUUUUUGCACUGCAGUUCACAUAUUAUUUAUGGGUGAAGUCUGUGAAAACUGGGUCAGUCUUCUGGACAAUAUGCUGCUGCCUAUCCUACUUCUACAUGGUCUCUGCAUGGGGUGGUUAUGUUUUCAUCAUCAAUCUUAUUCCACUGCAUGUAUUUGUGCUACUGUUGAUGCAGAGAUACAGCAGAAGGGUCUACAUAGCUUAUAGCACUUUCUAUAUUGUGGGCUUGAUAUUAUCCAUGCAGAUUCCUUUUGUUGGAUUUCAGCCAAUCAGAACAAGUGAGCACAUGGCAGCUGCAGGUGUGUUUGCACUGCUGCAGGCCUAUGCCUUCUUGCAGUAUAUGAGAGACAGGUUAACGAAGCAAGAAUUUCAGACCUUGUUCUUCUUGGGUGUGUCACUAGCUGCUGGGGUUGUAUUCCUGAGUGUCAUCUAUUUAACAUAUACAGGCUAUAUUGCACCAUGGAGUGGCAGAUUCUAUUCACUGUGGGAUACUGGGUAUGCGAAAAUUCACAUCCCGAUCAUUGCUUCUGUGUCUGAGCAUCAGCCUACAACAUGGGUUUCCUUCUUUUUUGAUCUACAUAUUCUCGUGUGUACUUUCCCAGCAGGGCUGUGGUUCUGUAUCAAAAACAUCAAUGAUGAAAGAGUCUUUGUGGCUCUGUAUGCAAUCAGUGCUGUUUACUUUGCUGGAGUGAUGGUUCGUCUGAUGCUAACUUUGACUCCAGUGGUCUGUAUGCUGUCGGCAAUUGCUUUCUCUAAUGUUUUUGAGCAUUAUUUGGGUGAUGACAUGAAGAGAGAGAAUCCACCAGUAGAAGACAGCAGCGAUGAGGAUGAUAAAAGAAACCCGGGAAAUCUCUAUGAUAAGGCAGGUAAAGUGAGGAAACACAUAUCUGAACAGGAAAAAACUGAAGAAGGUCUUGGCCCCAAUAUCAAGAGCAUUGUUACGAUGUUGAUGCUAAUGCUGUUGAUGAUGUUUGCUGUCCACUGCACGUGGGUCACUAGCAAUGCCUACUCCAGUCCUAGUGUUGUUCUGGCCUCUUACAAUCAUGAUGGCACUCGAAACAUCUUGGAUGACUUCAGAGAAGCAUACUACUGGCUAAGGCAAAACACAGACGAACUUGACAAUAACACUUGGAAUAACAGCCACAUAGCCUUGGUAGGAAAAGCUAUGUCUUCAAAUGAGACCGCAGCUUAUGAGAUCAUGAGAAGUCUGGAUGUGGAUUAUGUAUUAAUAAUUUUUGGAGGUGUAAUUGGCUACUCUGGUGAUGAUAUCAACAAGUUCUUGUGGAUGGUGAGAAUAGCUGAAGGUGAACAUCCUAAAGACAUCAGAGAAAGCGACUACUUUACUCCUCAAGGAGAAUUUCGGGUUGACAAAGCAGGUUCUCCAACCUUGUUAAACUGUCUGAUGUAUAAAAUGUCAUAUUACAGAUUUGGAGAAAUGCAGCUGGAUUUUCGGACACCCCCAGGAUUCGACCGCACGCGGAAUGCUGAGAUUGGCAACAAGGACAUUAAAUUUAAACAUUUGGAAGAAGCCUUUACAUCAGAGCACUGGCUUGUUAGAAUAUAUAAAGUAAAACACCUAGACAACAGAGAGACACUGGACCAUAAGCCUAGACUAACCAACAUUUUACCAAAACAGAAGUAUUUGUCAAAAAAGACUGCCAAAAGGAAGCGUGGCUACAUUAAGAAUAAACUAAUUUUAAAGAAAGGCAAGAGACCCAACAGGAAGACAGUUUAAAUACACUGAUUGCUAAUAUGAAGCAGUUGUCCUUGAGAUAACCAGUCUUUGCCUUUAGCUCAAGUCAUGUUUCACAGCAACAUGAGGGUACAGAACCAUCAUUGGUCCAGAUUAUUGUACAAAACUUUCAGGCAAUGUCUGACUUUAAAAUUUUUUGGCUUAUUGAGAACAGCUGUUCUAGAUUUGUAUUGUGGAGCAAGACAGAGCUGCUAUCCAGGUCUAGCAGCAGGUUUUUUUUAUUGGUACAUAUUAUCCUUCCAAUCUAUUGAGAAUUUGGACUGAUUGCACCAAAGAGCCCUCUAAUUUGGUCCUUGGCACAUGCAUACUUGUCAGUUUUUUAAUUUCAGCUGAACAGCAAUACCUUAACUGGAAUGGUAAUGUAUGAAUUGACUAUUCUCAGUCUGACACUCUCAGAAGUGUGGAUAUUUUUAUAUUCGGCUAUUAGAACAACUCCUUUUUGAGGUAUUUAUUUUACAAAGUUUCCUUCUAUGUACUCUUCUAUUGCUGUAUGUUGUGUUCAGGACUGUAAGCCAAGUUGCGAUGUUCACUAAUCACGGGACAGAUGAUACAAUUGGAUGAUGCAAUGUGUUUUGAAAAGGGGGUCUCGCUACCCCUUGUGCUCCUAAAAUGUACAGGGGGCAGAUCUUGUGCAGAGUAGAUAGAUACAAAAGGGCUACAUUUGUAUCUUAAAUCAGACACGACAGUAAUGAAUGCUGCUGAGCACCACAGCACCUGGUGUUUUCAGAACUUGUUUAGCUGCAUAUUUAAGAGUCAAAACAAUUUGGCCCAUUAAGAAAAAAAAUUGACAAGUAUCCAAACUCCCUUGCUGUGGCUAUCUGAAAGGCAGAGGGUUUAUAAAACUAACCUGCCUUUUUCUUGGGGUUGGAUUCCUGGAAAUGACUAGCUUAUCUUCAUAUUUUUAUUUAGUGCUUUAGUUUGAAACUUCUGCUUGAAAAUUUGCUUUUGUCUUUUAUACUUUAUGAAAAAGACAAUUUAUCAAGUGCACUAAAUACAAAUGGAGACUGAACAUGUUCACUUUCCAGCUAUAGGAAACUUCAUGAACUUGAACGUUUAGUUAUUUUAAUAAAGUUUUUAAAAAGAGAAAGUGGUGGGUUUCCCUUGACAGCCACAGGAUAUAAUUUUGAUAUAGGAGAUGGCUUAUACCAGAUGUAUUGGUAUAAAGCAGAAUAGUAUGUACCUUCCAAACAAAAUUAUCUAUUGCUCAGUGAGAAUGUUACUGCUGAUUUUUUUUCUCAGAUGUAUAAUUUUUCUUUGUAAAUUCAUUUUUGAGUAAAGAGGUUAUUAGAUCAAUAAUGCAGUGGCAACAUUUUCACAAAAUAACAGUCUGGAUUUCUGACCCUUUGUCAUUGAGAUUAUUUUACUUUGUUGCUUUAAAACUCAAUGCAGACCCGUUGUUGACU